UCCGCCUCGCUCGCGCUCAGUUUGUAUUCGGUGUCCAGCUCGAUUACCGUUCGGGCGGCGAGGCGAGAAGUACGGCGUUUCACGGUGUGACGCGGAUACGCCACCGCCGCGCGUGCCUCCGAUCCCUUUCGUCGCGAUCCAAGUCGCCCGGGUGUUCCUUCGGAGAUUGCACGCGUCUCUUCCCCCGACCGCCCCUCCUCCCCCCCCUGCGCGCGUGUUGCCAUCGAUCGCGCGAUCUUCGCCGUAGGAUCCGCGACGACCGCCGGCGAGUUUCGGUCCGAGGGGCGAGUGGUGCGCAUUGUGCCGUUGGUUGUCAAGUGGUUUAAACGGGAGGCAAAGGAGGAAACGAAGCGAGCGGAACGACUCGGGGGGGAAAAGAUGCUGCCGCCGCGAAUACUCGGCCUCCUGGUGCUUCUUCUCGCCGUGCAAGGCCUGUGCAAGCCGACUAAGAGUAUAGAGGAACAGGAUUACGAGGAUGAUACUCCUGUCGACGAAGAGGAUGAGGACGACGAGGACGAAGAGACUGACAAUACCGGUACCGCCGAGGCGCCUCCGCAAAUCUUAUCACAGCCAAUGAGCAUUCAAGUAGAAGCAGGAAGCACCGUCAAACUGCCUUGUCAAGUGAUCCACACAGAAAAUUACGUGGUCGCGUGGCUGAAGGACGACAAGUAUCUGUACGUCGAGACGCAGCCGCACACGGAAAACAAGAGGAUUGUACGAUUGCCGAAUAACACCCUGGUGAUCUACAACGCGUCGGUCGAGGACACCUCCGACGAGUACAAAUGCAGCAUCCUGCGAAAGCCCGACACCAUAGAUUUGAACUAUCGUCUGCGGGUUUACGAAAGGCCGUACCAAGAAUCUGCGACCCCGCCGCCCCAGCACUCGCACAAGGGGAUCAUACGCGUGAUACCCUCGAAGAAAGUCGACGUGGCCCUGGGCCAUGAUCUCAGGCUCGCUUGCGAGACUGACAUACAGCCACCGCCCGAGAUCAAGUGGUUCAUCGAGAAUAAGAAGGUGGACGGUUACGAUCCCGACGUGAGCCUGGACGGAAACUCCAUCAGGAUAAACCACGUGAACGAGACUCACAGCGGCCUGUACCAGUGCCUCGCCGAGGAUGGUUCGAAAACACCGGCGAUGGAGGCAAUCACUGUCUUCGUGCACUACAAACCUAGGAUCAAGGUGGAGAAAAACGUAGCCUACAGCGGCACGGGUAUGGAAUCGGAACUGGCGUGUAUCGUGAGCGCCUAUCCCGCGGCACGCGUAAGCUGGUAUAAAGGCGACAAGCAAAUUCCGAACAAGAAAGGUACGAUGCAUACCGAGAUACCAAUGAAGGGCAACAAGACCAAGCACAUUUUGAAGAUCUUCCAUACUUCGACACGGGACUUUGGCGACUACAGGUGUAAGGCGGAGAAUAAUCUCGGUUACGAUAUUAAAUCUGUUCUCUUAACAGGAGUGCCCUCGCCAGCGUCGGUAUAUGGCGCUGAAAUGAUCGAUGAUGGAAUUAUUCUAAAGUGGCGACUGGAGAGUUAUUCGCCGAUCAAUGAGUACAAGUUACAGUAUCGUCGCAAAGGCGAUCCGAAAUGGAACUUUGUCGAUCUUGAAGUUAAAGACGGCAAGGGAAGUCAAUUUGUCAUAGAGUCUCCGAUUCGAGAACUUCAGCGUGGGUCCUACGAGGCAAUCCUAACGGCCAGAAAUGCCAUCGGAUGGUCUCUAGACUCAUCGCCGCAUACAUUUUCUAGUGAUUAUCCACCUGACUUGGCACUAAAGGAAGGAAAUUCGGCAACUAUUCGAUCUUCCGGAAUUCUUCUAACGUUGAUCCUAGUCCUUUUAUCUUGUGCCUUCACAAGUCUGUAACUCUUUACUUAAAUUUAAAGUACGUAGAUAAAUUGCUGCAGCCAAAGCAACACCUGCAAACGUUAUGGUGGAUUUAUUAGUGUAGGAACACUUAGGGGAGACACAGCUCACGCAUAUAUUCUCGAUGCAAAUUCCCCCUCACCUUCUUACCGGGAUAUAUUUUACGUAUUGUACAUGUAAUAAAAUCUUUUCAAGUCUAGCGUUAUAGAAGGCACAUUAAUAUACAAUAUAUUCUAUGUAGGGAAUAUUCCGUGAUGAAUAUUGGCAUACAACUCGCCUAGGUGUUCCAUUAAGACGCAUUGUAAAUGAAAAAGAUGAGCAUUUUAAUUGUACUCCGUAAAAUCACGAGUAAUUAUUAAGGGAUAUUGUACUUUAAAAUAUCUACAUAAUUUAUAUAUCUUUAUCAUACACACAUAUACAUGCACAUAUACGUACGUAUGUACGUACAUGUAUACGUGUGUACGUGUACACAUAAUAUAGUAUUCACUAUACAUGCGUAAGCUCACAGAGACACACAAUCAUAUUAUUAUAAUUUAUUUUUGUAUGCUUAAGAUUAUUAGAAACGUGUUCAAAGAAGUCGCUUGGUGCCAUGUACACGGGUCUACUACUUCCGAAAAAUCAUGUAUAGAAUCUGAUCUGUUGUCCACAGUGCACACGUGGAAAGAGCAUGUACCUAAAAUAAUGUAGUAGGAAGAGAAAGUAAAUAUUGUAGAAACGUACGCUGUUGCGAUAUAAUAUAACGUGUAUAACCGAGUCGACGAGAGGCACAAAGUUGGAAGCACUCAUACUGCAAUUGUCACACAAGAAUUAUUCAUUAACAUUACGUCCACGUUCCCGUAUGUUUGCUCCCAAUGAAAGUGAAUCUUUCUUUCUUUCUUUCUUUUUUAUUUACUCCUACGUUUCUCGAAUAUGUAUAAUGUGACGCGCGAGUAAUGAAUGUGAUUGGAGCGAGUAUGCGAAAGAGUGACGUUCUAUAGUGUUUUCCACAAUAAUUGCUAGCUUUUAGUGCCGAUAUGUUGUUAUAUUGAUUUAUAAUUAAUGUUAUAUGCAGUACUAUAAGUAACCAUAAUUAUAUGAGAAACUGCCCAAUUCAAAACGGUGUGCUUGUCGCAAAUGUUACAACGUAAUAAUGCAUAAAACAGCCAUAUCUCUUCUAAAGUAUUCGGGACAUUAUUUACGCAACAAUAAGCCUAUGUAUAAUUUUACUAUCCUUAAAGACAAAACAUCCUGUUUUUUAAAUAAUCGUAAAUGUGUACGUAAUUAUAUAUUAUUGCAUGGUUACUAUAAACAUUCGAUUAUUUUGUUUCAUCGCCUUAUAGACUAUUGCAAUAGCGAUAAAAUUUUUAAUCACGUUUUUAUAAAAGAUAUAAACAGGAUUAUUAGGAAUCGCUAUCAAAGCACGAUUUCAUAUUGUACUUAUUGUAUCACGUUUAUUUUGAAGAUUCUUUAUAUCCAUGAUUUUACAAAAUACGUAAGAUUUAUUUUUAGGAACGAAAAUGGCUAUGGGAAAGUUGCAACUAAAAAUGAACAUAGAAAAAUUACAUCUCUGUUCUCAGUCUGUUUGAUUAUUAAUUAUUGAAAGUUUUGUAAGUGUAAACAAUUUAACGAAAACGAAUUAUUUAUACAAAUUAAUUGACUUGAAAUUGUAAAAACGCAUGUAUUUUGUACCUUUUCAGUUUUCGAAGAAUUGUAUUAUAUAAUCCAAACGAA